AAUAAAAAAAUGGAUUAUGACAGCCAACUAGGUAAUGGAUGAUUUGAAGUUAUUGGAUAGCCACAAUGAAAAGGUUCUUGGUUUGAUCUGGACACCAACUGAGGAUAGAUUUAUUUACAAGGUCAAGCUGAAUUUUGCUACGAAAUUUAGGAAUGUUCGUAAAGGUCCUUAUUUAGAUGGGUUAAGCUUGGAUGCUAACUUGCCUAAAAUUCUGACAAAGAGAAUGAUUCAGAGUCAAGUAGCAGCGAUUUAUGACCCAUUGGGAUUAAAUGUCCCAUUUACAUUAAUCCCAAAAGUGUUAAUGAGAGAAACUAUAACUAAUGAACGUAAUAUGGGUAGUGUGUGUGGUUGGGAUGAUGCAAUACCAGAGAGACUAAGAGACAAAUGGAGCAAUUUUUUCCAUGAGGUUUUUGAAUUGGAGAAUUUAUCUUUUGCUAGAUGUGUCAAGCCAGAAAAUGCUUUGGGUAAACCAAUGCUUGUCAUCUAUUCAGAUGGUAGUUUAUUGGCAUAUGGGGCUUGUGCAUAUGUUAGAUGGGAGUUAGUAGAUGGGCAUUAUGAGUCACAUUUAGUUAUGGCUAAGAAUAGGAUAGCUCCAAUCAAACAACUUACAAUACCUCAUUUAGAACUAUGUGGUGGUCAUAAUUUGCCGACUGCGGGCCUUAAUUGAGAAAGAAUCAGAUUGGAAAUUCUAGUCUGUAAUGGUUGAUUCCUCUAUAGUUAGAGCACAAAUCCAGAAUGAGUCCUAUGGAUUUGGCACAUUUGUGGUGAACAGAGUGGCAGAAAUACAAGCAAAAACAGAUCCUUGUGAAUGGUGAGUGAGCACUGCAGAAAACCCUGCUGAUCUUCCUACUCGAUCUUGUCAUCUUAAGUAUCUUCAGUGCAAUUCUGUAUGGCAGAAAGGACCUGACUUCUUAACUUAUCCCAUUUGUAAAUGGCCAAUUAAUCAAAUUUAUAAUGAAGAACUGCCAGAUAGAGUAGGUGUUGUGAUGACAUGCAAGUCUGAAAAUUAUUUGAAAGAAAAUGCCUCCUUCAUAAAUACAGAUAGAUUUAGUAGUUACAAAUUGCUUUUGGGAGUUACAGCUCGAGUGAUCGGAGCUAUUAAAGCUUAAUCUUUCAAAGUAAUUAUGAAUCCACCAUCACCUAAACAACUUAAGGAAGCAGAAAUGCAUUUUAUUUGCAUGGAACAAGAGACCUUACAGCCCGAUUGGAGUAAGGCUUACCAGAGACUAGGCCCCAAAAUUGACAGCAGUGGCAUAAUUGUAGUGGGUAAUAGAAUGUCUAACUGGCUUAAAGAAAAUAGUUAUUAGGCUGUACUUACAACAUCUGCAUGAGGUAGAUCAUGCUGGAGUAGAGUGUACUUUGGCUAAGUUACAAAGUAAAUUCUGAGUCCCUGGUACUCAACGUUAGAUCAAAGCAGCAGAGUCGACGUGUUGUAUUUAAAAGGUUAGGAGCUGUAACUGUUGGACAGAAAAUGGGCCAAGUAAGUUCUGAAAGGUUAAAUCCUGCUCCACCUUUUCACUAUACUUCAUUAGAUUUAUUUGGACCUUUUGAGAUCAGAGAUACUAUCAAACUGAGAACUAUUGGUAAAGCGUAUGGUACCAUUUUCACUUGCCUUAUGACUCGUGCAAUAUACUUGGAUUUAGCAGAUAUUUACAGCAUACAAAGCUUCUUAACUGCUUUUAAGAGAUUUGUAUCUAUUAGAGGAUAUCCACAUACCAUACAUUCAGAUUCAGGUACACAGUUAGUGGCUGCCAGUAAGGAGUUAAAGGUCAUAAGGCGUAAUGGGAUUUAUCAAAAAUCAUUGACUCAGGUGUCGAAAAAGGAACUACUUGGGUAUUUAAUAAUUCUGCAGAGGCUCCCUGGCAAAAUGGUUGUAGAGAAUGUUUUAUUAGGUCAAUUAAGAGAACCAUAACCAUAGCGAUUCGGGAUUCUAAAUUAACUUUUGGAGAAUUACAGACUAUUAUUUGAAGUGGCUAAUCUUCUGAAUGAGAGACCUAUUGGCAUGAAACCUGGUAUUGAUGUUGAAGCAGGCUCUUAUUCAUGUCCGAAUGAUCUGUUACUUGGUAGAGCUAGUAACAAGGUGCCAACCAGUGUGCUAAAAAUAGAACCUAACAAUAGCAAAAGCAGCCUCGAGUUUACGGAUCGUAUUGUUAAUAGCUUUUAGAGAAAAUGGUUAAGAUUAUUUUCCUACUCUAAUUUUAAGACAAAAGUGGCACACACAACAAAGAAAUGUCCAGCUUGGUGACAUUGUUCUUCUAAAGAAUAAGGAUUUAGUUCAAGGAAAUUGGAAACUGGCUCAAGUUAAAUCUGUAGAACCAAGUAGAGAUGGUAAAGUAAGAGAUGCUACAAUACAAUACAAGAUUCAAAAGGCAGGAAAUACCUAUGAAGCUCAAGAAGAUUCUUGUGUUAAAAGAUCUGUACUCAGAUUAAUAGUCGACGAUAGAGAAGAAUUGUUUAUAAUUAUUAUGCUGUAUGAUGUUUUCUUUCAAUUACAUUAUAUAAUUAUGUGUUUCUGUAAUAAUUAAAGAAAAUGAAAGUAUCCACUAUGCUGUGCCAAUAGAUGGCGUUGGUUUCUUAACCACAUGUUCGUGUUUUGUACAUGACAGUUCGCUCCUUGGCCAGUCCUUUGUUUACGAUUUGAUUCAUUAAUUUAAUUGUUAAAAUUAAAUAGUUAUUGCUACGCCAGUGGGUCUUUGUCUUUGUGCGAAACAUGUGUUAACAUGAAAAGGAUGACCUGGGCAUGUGUUAACAUGAAGGGACCUGG